AUGAGCGUAAGUUGGUUCCCUAGAAGAAAAGUAGGAAUAGCGACUGAUCCGUCUUCUCUUCUUAAGCGCGAGCAGACUAAAGCGGCCCAUUAUAUCCAGCUGUUGGAUGAGGCCCGCUGCCAGGGAAAUUGGGAUGCUGUUCCGGAGCUUGUGAGAAAGGUGAAGAAGCAUGCGCCCAAUCGAACCUGCCUCACGUUAACUGUGGAAUCCGAGCUUGCGGUCACUGAAUAUGCGCACAACCGCCCAAACUCGUCACGGCCCGGUACCGCCAGACCCUCGACUGCGAAUUCGACCCAAUCCCCUAGCAUAUCACGCUACAUCCCUCUUCUGCUAGAGGCCAUCGAAAACGAGCGAACAUAUGUCGAGGACGAGUUUCAGGCCGUGGUUUGCCUGGGGUGGAUACACUGGCACUUGGGGGAACCAGGCUUAGCUGCUUCCAGGCUUCCAAGAAAUAUAGAACAGGACUUUUCCAAGCUGGAUGGCACGAAACAAGAAUCGGCCGAGUGGACAAGAGUAUGUGCUUUAAAGGCCUCCUAUAUAAAGGGCACAUCACAGAGCAGGACAGGGGCAGUUGCCGAGGCCUUGGAAACUUAUGAAUCUGCUCUACCAAUAUUGACGAGCGCAUCGUCCGUGCAACAAGGGAGGGAACUGCGAUUAUGGACCGAGCUUUACCUUACGGGUUUCUGCCUGCUUUCCAGUCUUGCACUCAAAUCGAAGAUCUCAUCUAUAUUAGAGACGGAAACGUUGUCUGCUUUUCGAGCGUGGGCGAACUUUUGGGAUACUCAAGCUCCAUUGCCGACAGGUGGAAAGGCUGCUCAAGCUGAGGUUUCGCGAAGAGGGGUAUGGAAGGAAUAUUAUGUCACACUAUCAGAUCUGCUCCAACAAGAGCUGCCAUUCCCGACAACUUCUCUAACAACUGCCUAUGCCGAAACGUCGACCAGACUACAACAACGCGCAGAGUUGAAACGAGUAGAGGCAAAAUACGAGACUUUACUACUGAACGAGGUACAAUUUCCCAAGGCAGAAGAAGGAAGCGAAGAAGUUGAGGCUUUCGUAGAUAUAGUCAUGCAGAACUGGCGAAUACUCUGUGGAAAUAGCUGGAGCGAGCAGGACUUGGGCGAAGGAGGAGCAGAGGGCGUUAGUAGAGGCGUUUUGGAUAUACUCUACAGAGCUGCGACAAAGACUUUUCAUUCGACGGCAAUACUCAGGCAUUUAUUCACGGUUCAUCUGGCAGUAGCAGAGUUUGAAUUGGCACUAAAGGCUUUUGAUACGUAUUUGGAGAUUGUCAAGAAGAGCAAAGCUCGUGUUGAAAAAACAGGAGAAGCCGAGCAAGGUUUAGAUGACGAUGAAACUGUUCUCCGAACAGCCUCCGAGUGCAUUCAAUCAUUAUGCCGUUAUGGUUCACGCGAAGGGGUCGAGAAAGCUAAGGAGUUGGGUCAUUAUUUUGAGGAGUGGUUGGAUAAACACCAUCCCAGCAAGCGAGAGAACGGAAAUGGGAAAGCUGUUGAGAAUGGCGAUUCUUCUGAUCUGGGGACGGUAAUUGCGCCGCAAAUGUUCGCGAUGGCUUGGCGAUGCAUAGGAAUUGGACAUGCUCAAUGGGCGCGUUUGACAUUUGAUGCAACCACCAGAUUGGAGAUACAGUCACGGGCCAUCAGAUGCUUCAAGAAAGCACUUUUGCCAGAAUUCGCGAGCUCGACAGAUGUUAAGACAUUAUUCGCUUUGGGUACAAUACUUGCGGAGCGCAGAGAAUUGAGUUCAGCGAUCGAAGUUGUCAAGAUUGGUUUAAUACCUCGACGGCCAUCGACAACAAGCCAUUCUCAUGGACUGGGUCCCCAUCCUGGGCGGUUUGCGAGAGAGCGAUCCUCAAUACCUCUUUGGCAUCUCAUGGCUCUGCUACUUAGCGCGAGGCAAGACUUUGUCACCGCAGCAAAGUCAUGUGAAGGGGCUUUCGAACAAUUUCAAGACCCUAAAUAUUUGUUCGGAGAAGAUGAGUCAAGUAAUUCUUAUCGAAGUGAGCAUCUGAAGGAAAAGUCAACUCCUCGGAAUCAGGGUAUUGUGGAUGAGAUGGAUGAUUUCGAAAAGGAGAGCGUCCUCGAGGUCAAAAUGACCCAAUUAGCUCUUAUUGAGGUGCUAGAAGGACCUGAGAUUGCUGUCAAUGCCAGUGAUGAGCUUUUAACCUUAUACACAAGGUUAUUUGACGCCCCGCAAAAGCAACCGGCUCUAGCGGUGGUCCCAGCUACGCCAAUUCCACCAAAGAGCUCUGCUGGAACCAUAAAAAGUAUCAAGGGGAGCAUUUUUGGCAGAUCGGGGAGAUCUAGGCGGAAGUCAAACGCGCUAGCUCCUACCCCGGAAGAGAAGUCUAGUCAUCUGCGCCCGCAAACUACCCAGACGGUGGCCCCGACGAUUCAAGUCACACGUGAAAAUGGAGCUUCAGCUAGACAACGUAGCCAUUCAACAAAAGAUCCCCACCAUCACGAAAAACUCCAAAAGCGCAGCGAAAGUGUUUCUAGGAAGAGGAGCAACGGUAGUCAAAAGAGUACAAACGCGGGAGGGCGGAAGGUGAACACUGAUAGUUCAUCUAGGGCCACCACGGUGGACGGCGAGCAGUUCUUCACUCCUUCGGUAGAGACGCAAGACAAAGAAGAUUGGUUUUCCGAGGAAAUUGAUUCCGAGAAAGUCGGGUUGGCUGUCUCUCCAGAGUCCAAAAGUGCACGACAAGCAAAAACACUGCCUCCCAAGUCGCAGCAAAUGGCUCACAAGGAGCCUGCCCUCAAGCCCGCGCACCCGGACCCUGCAGCUGCACAAGAUAGUCGGCUACCCCAUGUAAAACCAUAUUCAACGUCAGCAAACCCUGUUACUCGGUUUCCUAAAGAACAAGAGAGACGCAGGAGGAUAGCUAUCUUGGUAAAGGUCUGGUUGCUGGUCAGCGGAUUUUAUCGCCGAGCAUCCAUGUUUGACGACGCCAAGGGCGCAAUUGAGGAAGCGCAGAAGCUGGUUGAAGCUAUGGAAUCAGAGGUUACAAAAGUUGCGAGUGGUAAUGUUUCAAUUGAUAAUGCCGGCUGGGGAGGCGGCAAAAGCGUUGGGGCGUUAUGGGGGGACGUUUUCUCUGAACGUGGUUAUCUCGCGGUUGCCGAAUUGCUACCAUACGUCGCUCUUCAUCACUUCGAAUCCGCCCUAACGCAUUUUCCCGACCACCCUUCAGCCACUGUAGGGCUAUCGAAUAUACUUCUCGACAUUUACACUGAAGAUUUACUGCCUCCACCAUCGAUACCCACUCUCGUCCAACCUCAUACUUUCUCCACACCUUCCGCUUCGACUGUGAAUACCUUAGUUCCUCCCACCGCCCCUUUCACCACAUCCGUUCCCGCAAAAACAACAUCUUCACUACCCGAUACCCAGCAUAGCCCACUCGGUCUCCCAACCGCGAAGCCAGCCCUUCCACAAAUCAAACCCGACACCUCAUCCUCUCCAGGAACCCCAACCCGCCCAUCAAGUCCCAAAGAAUCGUCCGCCGCGCUUCUCGACCGCCUAGCAGCACGCGACCGCGCAUACGGUCUCCUCAGCGGCUUGACAAAGUUAGGUACGGGCUGGAACUACAGCGAAGCUUGGUUCGCGCUGGCGAGAGCGUAUGAAGAAGGUGGGCAGCCUGACAAAGCGAGGGAGGUCUUGUGGUGGUGCGUUGAGCUAGAGGAAGCGAGAGCUGUGAGGGAUUGGACCGUUGUUGGGAGUGGAGGAUAUGUUUUGUGA